AUGGCUGUCACAGAAUUCUUCGCACUCAUUGUGCAAAGCCUCCUCCAGUACCCGCAGAUGCGCAUCCAGUGGCCAGUGCAAAAGCUGGCCUACAGGAACCUGGUGGAGGAGCUGGUGCGUGACCUCCUCCGUGUCUUCCAAGUGCUCUUGUCAAAUACGUUCUUCCCGGUGCUGCAACCAGCCAUUGGGGUGGGCAGUGCCUUUGAAGGUUGGAGUCCCCAUGAGGAUGAUGCUGUCUACUGCCUGCUUGUGCCCCUUCGGCCCCCCCCUGGGCACGCCUUCCACCUGAAGCUGAGCACUGCAGGGGAGCUACCAGCAAAGAACUCAUUCCUCCGCGUGGAGCUGGUUUGUACCUGCAUGAGGGAGCGACUGGUGGGGGACAUGCUGUGCUUCCUCCACCACAACGAGGAGGAGCUGAGAAAAAAACAGGGUCCCAGCCUCCUACGCACCCUCUGCACCGGGUCCUACCUAGAUAUAGAGAAAACUGCCUGCUGGUUCCAAGAGCUGCUGACAACAACCUGGGAAGUUUUGCCUCUGUCAUCUAAAUGCAGGCUAACGGUGCUGCCCCGCAGCCGCUCCUGCCAGCUCCAAAUCACAAAUGCCUUCAAGAGAUCCCUCCUGAUUGAGAUGAUUUUUGGGGUGCAGCAAGGCAAGUCGGACAUCUUCCUGAGCAUCGAGUAGGCAGAGGCAGUUGUUACCAGCAGCACGGCAGGGCCAGAGAGCUACGCUGUGGCAGAGGUGAAGUUCUUCAGGCAUAUCGCCAGGCAGGCCCCGCAUGACAGCUGCCACCUCAAACGCCUGCAGAUCUGCGCCCGCAUCCUGGUGGGCACAGGCUUUUCCACCUAUACUUUGAAGACAGUUGUGAUGCACCUCCUGACCUCCAUACCCCUGUCAGGCUGGCGCAGGAGGGAUUUCCUGCCGCGGCUGCAGGAUAUCAUGCGGUACCUGCGCUGCUGCCUGGAGCAGAAAAACCUUGAUCACUUCUUCUUUGGCAAUGAGACCAUGCCCGAGGAGAUCACCUCCCCAGCCUUCCAAACGGCUGAGCCACUCAACCUCUUCCAGCACCUGGCACAGGAUCCUGCUGCCCACGCUGAGGCACUGCGUGAGUUCGACGAGCUGCAAGAUCCGCUCACGAGGCUGCUGUUCUAUGGACAAUGA